AUCCAAACAGUAAACGUAUAUUUUUAUCUCUUUAUGAUUUAAACAGUUUGUCUAAAACGUAACAACUGAGAGCAUUUUAUAGUAAAUUUAAAUUCGACUCUAAACACCACGUGUAACAUCGUUGUCUUUACAGGUUUUCAAAUGUUGUAGUUGCAGGUUUACAACAGCAGAGGUCAAACAUGCUCUAAGCCAAAGAAGAAAUCGUCCGCAAAAAUUCACCGAGGAAGUACCUAUUUGCAGCAUUUAGUUAGUGUCUCACUCACAAUAUCUGUGUGUUUGUAUGUAAUAUAUUAUAACAUGUUUAUUCUGCUUCAAGUUCUUAUUACAAGUUCUGCUUAAGUUUGUUUUAAGCUCAACGCUUUUACAUAUGAGAUAGCAUCUGUAACGUUAGCCUAUUAGCAUCUCCGUGGUCGAAUUACGAGCCAAAAUGACAUCCAAAACAAAAAAAGUUGGAAAGGUUGGCUCCAAAAACAAAGAAGAUGCUCCUCAUGAACUGGAGAGUCAGUUUCUUCUGCGGCUUCCUCAGGAAUAUGCCUCUACAGUCAGACGGAUUGCCCAGUCCAGCAGCAUGAACAUGAAAGACAGACUUACUAUAGAGUUACAUGCUGAUGGUCGCCAUGGGAUUGUACGUGUGGACCGUGUUCCUUUAGCGUGUAAAUUAGUCGAUUUACCCUGCAUCCUGGAAUCACUGAAGACUGUUGACAAAAAGACCUUAUACAAGACUGCUGAUAUCUGUCAGAUGCUUGUGUGCACUCUGGAUGGAGAUCUCUAUCCCCCUCUUGAGGAGCCCACUGGCACUGCAGACUCCAAAGGCAAAAAGAAAGACAAGGACAGGGACAAGAAAUUUGUCUGGAACCACGGCAUUACCCUCCCUCUAAAGAACACAAGAAAGAGGCGGUUCAGAAAGACGGCGAAGAAGAAGUACAUCGAGUCUCCUGAUGUGGAAAAAGAGGUGAAGAGGCUCUUGAGCACAGAUGCCGAAGCUGUCAGUGUUCGAUGGGAGAUUAUUGCUGAAGAUGAGAGUAAAGAACCUGACAACAGCUUAUCUCUAUCCAACCUGGAAUCCUCACCUGGAACAUCUGGACACAAGGGUCAUGGCUCCUCAGUCCAACACGACGAACUUCGGGAGAUCUUCAACGACAUCAGCAGCAGCAGCGAGGAUGAAGAUGAAGAGGGCGAACGGCACGAGGAUGAAGACCUCAACAUCAUGGACACUGAAGACGACAUGGUCAGGCAACUCCACGAGAAGCUGAGCGAGAGUGACGGAGGACGAGAUGAGAACAAUCAGAUCGUAAUGGAGUACCAGGUGCAGAUCAACAAUCUGAAAUCCAAACUGCAGGAAACACGUGCCCGCAAGAAGCAACAGGAGAAAUUGAUCAUGGAGGUGGAAAAUCAAGCCUUGCGGGAUCGCUUGCAGUCUCACUUGAACGACAUGAUUCAUCAAGAGGACCAAGAGAUGGAACAGCUGGCCUCCCUGCAAGAGCAGCUGGACUCGCUGAUGGACAAGUGAUGCCUGACAGUUACAAAGAUAAUGGAUUACAAAGAGCCGGAGACGACUGCACAACACAAGUUUUAGCCAUUAUCUAUUGUAACUAAAAACUUUAAAAGACGGUUCACCCCAAAUUUUUUUAAUCUUUUUGACUUUCUUUCUUCCGCAGAACACAACUGAAGAUAUUCUGAAGAAUGUUGGUAGCCCAUCAACUGCGACACCCAUUCACUUUCAUUGUAUGCACACAAAACCAAUAAAAGUCAAUGGGUACCGUCGUUGUGCGGUUACCAACAUUCUUUAGAAUAUCUUGAGUUGUGUUCUUUAGAAGAAUGAGUCAUACAGUGUUGAAAGGACAAUAGAGUGAGUAAGUGAAGACAGAAUUUAAUUUUUGGGUGAACUAUCGCUUUAAAUUUGUUGUGUGUUUCAAUGAUAAACAUUGAAAGAUCUUUUUGUUCUGAAUCAAUUUGGAUCUUGGAGGGCCACUGUCCUGCAAAGUUUAGUUUUAACACCUGAAAAAAGUAUUUGUGAUCUUUAAGAUUUCUUGAAAAUAACAGACAUGUGUUGGUUACGGUUGGAACUAAACUCUGGAGGACAGCGAUCCUUCAGGACUGGAGUUAAAUAGCUCACCUCACACGCUUCUGUCAUACCCUUGUUUGCAAGAUUGUGUAUGUGUACUUUGUGUGGCUACUGUAUCAAGUCAAAUAAAUACAUUUAAAACUA